UAUCACGCAAUUAAUGUUAACAAAAAGUUAUACAAGCCACCGAUUUACCGCCGUAUCAGAGCGAGCGCUGUUGCAAGGAAACGAGUUCUACUCUCAGCGCUAUACGCGCGCAUACAUAUUAUUAUAUAUGUAUAAAUAAAUAUAUCUAAACACAUUUAUACUUACUAAUAAAUAUACACGUUGCAACCUAGGACCGUGAUGAUAUUUACGCAAUCCGGUUUUGAAAAUAGGGAGCAGCUUAAAAUGUCGAAUUUCAGAUCUUCUAUGGUUUUCCCCAUACUAACCCAUUAAAAAAGAACUGUACCUAUACUUACGUCAUGAGCUCUAAUGUUCUAUGUUGAUGAAGUAUAAUAUAGGUGAUAAAUAAUCGCUGCCUAUUUAAAACGUGUGGCCUAUAACUUUAUCUCGCAUCGUUACGUAAAAUUAUCUAAAGUAAUCGUCCAUAAAGUGUUACGAUAAUUUUUGUUUUUGUAAAUACAAUUCCUUACUGUGUGCUCUGCACGCACUGUAAUAAUAAUGGGGCUCACAAAGCUUGGUAAUAUAACUUUAUCUGAUUUCACAUGGUUGAAUAAGCCAUCGAAAUGGAAAAUUACAAAUAAUGUUCUUCACGUAACAACGGACAACGAGACCGAUUUUUGGCAAGAAACUUAUUAUCAUUUUAAACAUAAUAAUGGCCAUGUUUUUGGAGUGAACCUGGACCAAAAUUUCACCUUUACGGUGUGCGUAGAAGCCAAUUUCACAACGCUUUACGAUCAUGCAGGUCUGAUGAUCUACCUGGACGAAAAGCACUGGCUUAAAAGUGGUAUUGAAUACUACGAUGGUCAGGCUGUGAUUGGUAGCGUGCUUACCAAUGAGAUUUCGGAUUGGGCUUCUGGCGAAUUUCCCGGAAAUCCAAGCAAAUUCUAUCUCCGUCUCACCAAAAAGGAUGAUGUACUAUGCGUCAAAUAUUCCACGGACAAUAAAACCUGGGUGCUACUACGGCUAGCCCCAUUCACUAAGACAGGGCCGUGCUUAGUGGGACUCAUGGCAUGUAGCCCCACCAGGGACGGCCUCGAAGUGAAAUUCAGCGAUAUUAAAAUUACAGAUAAUGCUGAUGACAUUUUACGUUCUAAUUAACGUACUUAUUUUUUAAAUAAAAAUUCAAUACAUCAGAACAUUCUUUUGAUUUGUACUUGUAAGUGGUUUGUAUUCUGAAUAAAAAAAAGU